AUGGAUGCAGAUAAAAAUCAAAAUAAUGCAUAUUCUUUAUAUAAUAAAAACAUUGAAAAUUUAAAAACAAAUCAGAACAAAAAAAAUAAUUUAAUUGUAAAUAUUCCAAAUGCUAGCAAUAUUAAUAAUAAUAUAAAUAAUAAAUUAAGCAAUAAUAAUAAUAAUAAUUUCGAAAUGAGAUACGGUACAAACUCCGAUUUAUCGGAUGCAUACAAUAAUAUAGAAAUGAUAAAUAACAAGGUAGGUGAAUUAAAAUAUAAUAAUAAAUCAUAUGAAAAUUUAAAAUAUAAUAGAAAUGAUGCUUUAUAUAAUGAAUAUAAUUAUGCAGAUCAGGAAAUAUCUAUAGAAAAUAUAAAUAGUUUAGAAAAUUUACAUAUAAACAAUGAUAUAUAUUUACGUAAAUAUAUUGAUUUAAAAGAUAAUAAUUUGCUGCGAAAUUAUAAUAAUUUAUUAUCUAAAGAAUCCCUGGAAAAAUAUAAUGUAAAUUAUAUUUUUGAUAAUAACGACGGUAAUAAUACUGGGAGUAGUAAUAGUGUUACCAACAGUAAUAGUGGUAAUAAUAAUUUAAAAUUUAAUGAUAAAAAUAAUAAUAAUGAAAGGGAAAUAAAUUAUUAUAGUACAGAAAAUUUUUCUAAUAUUCCCCAAAAUAUAAUAUAUAGAGAUAUAAAUAAUGAUUGCAUAUUACAUAGCGAAAUAAAUUAUGAGCAGCUAAAUAAAUUAUGUUAUGAAAACAGCAAUAAUAAUAUAGAAAAUAAUAAUGCUAUUAAAAAUCCAGAAGGUAAGGAUAAUACCAAUUUAUCGAAUAACUUAAAUACCAUAUUAUCUGAUAUAAAACAAAAAAAAAACUUUGAUUUCGCACAUUCCUCAUAUUAUAAUAAUUUAAAUGAAAACAACGGUGAAAAUUUAAAGUAUCCACAUAUUGACUCAUACAAUAUCAAAGAUACGCAUGAUGAAAAAAUGAAUGACUGUAUUAUAAAUAUAGAACAUGUUAACGAUAAUUUCAACACUAAUAAUAAUAUAAAAAAUAGUGAUAUCGAAAAUUAUGAUGUUAAUAUGAAAUUGGGAAGUGGUACUAAUUAUGAAGAUACAAUGAAAAUAGAAAAUAUAAAUGGUAUUAAUUCAAUGAAUAACAUUAAUCAGAUGAAGGAAUAUGAUAGUAAUGAACAGAUUAAUAAUAUAGAUAGCAACAAUAGUGAUGAUAAUAAUAAUAAUGAUAAUGAUAAGAAGAAGAACGAAGACAACAAACUUAAUGAAGAUAAAAUUUUUCAACAUGACGCAUCAAAAGAAGAUUAUUUAAAUUAUUUGGAAAAUAAGAGAGACUUACAAAAUCUAAACAAUGAAAAUUAUUUUAAUAUUGAUUAUUAUAACCAAUCGGGAUUAUAUAAUAAUUCUAUUGAAAAUAUAACACAAGAUAAAUUUCCAGAGAAACUAAAUAACAUAACCCAGCUUCACGAUAUAAAUCAUGCAACUAAUGGAAUGAACUUAAACAUUGGCAAUUUAAUUAAUAAUAAUAAUAAUAACAAUAGUAAUAUUAAUGCUGAUGAAGAAAGAAGUAUCAUAAAUAAUGACAAUUUUAAUGAUAAAAUAGAUAUUCAUGAAAAUUAUAAUAAAUAUGGAGGUUAUGUAUAUAAAACAUGUUAUAGCUUAAUAGAUAAUAAAUUGUUAAACCCUGAUUUAUAUUAUAGCAACUCCAAUGAUAUAAAAAAUAAUUCGCUUAAUACAAAAGAUACAAAUAUAAUUUAUAAAGAUAAAAUCGAUGGUAUUGCAAAUAUAAGUGUAAUCCCCGACAAUACAGAUCAAUUGGAGACGUUGAACGGUAUAAACAUAAAUAAUAAAUAUUCUGAAAAUGAAAUAAAUAUGGGUAUUAAUAACUAUAAUAAUGAUGAAGAUAAUAGUACCAUAAAUCAUAACAAUAGCGAUGGAAAUAGUAGUACUACUGUUGCCAUUAGUAGUAUAUGUGAUAAUGAUAAUGCGAAGGAAAAGAAUAUGAAUAUAGAAUAUAAUAAUUUAAAUAAUGGUAAUAGUGAAAUAGUAGAUGAUGAAAAUAUUUGUAACAUAAAUAAUGAGCAAACUAAAAUUUAUCCAUUAUCAAUUAAUUUAAAUAAUACUCAUUAUAUAGAAACUAACAACAAUAUGGCUGAAUAUGACUCUAAUAGCAAACUAUACAAAUUUUCACAAUUUUAUAAAAAAAUAUAUAUAUAUAAUGAUGAAAAAGAAAAUCUUAUGAACAUAUAUAAUACAUUCCCAAAUAAUAUAAGUAGUGAUGACAAAGAUAGUAUAAGUGUUAAGUGCAACGAUUUUAAUAACAUUCAUUGUAACCCUGACUUAUCAAAAGAUAAUAAUAGCGAUAACAACAAUGAAACAUUCAUUAAACAUAUGUAUGUUUUAUCAGGAAAUAUAAACAUAUUAUCAAAUAAUGAGGUUCAAGAAAAUAAUGAGCAUAUACAAGGUAGCGAAAUGAUAACAAAUUGCAUUCCCCAAAAUGAAAACACUGGAAAUAUAGAUAAAACUAGUGACAGUGAUAAUAAUAAUGAUAACAACACAUAUUCUGAUGAUUAUGACACAGAAAUUGAAGAAAUGCGAUUAAAAAAAAAAGAAUUUAAAAAAAUGAUAUUAAAUAAUGAAUCAGAAUUUACAACUAUAAACGAAAAUGACGAAUUAUACAAAACUGUUUUAUAUUUUGAAAAAAAGAAUAAAAAAAUAUUAAAAAUGAGAAAAGCAUUAAGACGAAAAAGAAAGCUUAAAAUAUUAAUGAAUGAAAAAAAUGAUAAUGAUGAUAAUAUUAAUGAUCCAGCAAAGACUAUUCAACCAAAUAUACAAAAUGACGAAAUUCCCCAAUGGGAAAAUAAUUUAAUGGAUAAAAAUGGUUUACAUGUUGAAAAUGAAGAAAAUAUAGAUAAGUCUAUAAAAGAAAUAAAAAAAAAUAUGUGUGUAAAACAAACAUAUGCUAAUAAUAUAUCAGAGAAUUAUAAAAAUGAUGAUAGUAAUAACAAUAUAAAUGAUAUUUCGAAUUCUAAUAGUGGUAUGUACCCAUCAUAUAUAAUUAGAACUGAGAAAAAUGAUACUGAAUAUAUUAUGCCUAUAAAUAAUGAAAUAGGAAAAAAUGAGUUUUAUCAAAACAAUGAAUAUAUUCCCAAUGAGGCAUUAAAUGGUAUAAACAUGAAUUACGAUCAACAUGAAAAAGAAGGAUGUGAUUUUUCACAUAUUUUGAAAAAUAAUAACAAUAGUAAUGGUAGUAAUAAUAAUGACAAUAUUCUAUUAAAUUCGUGCUUAAAUAAUAUAGAUGAUAAAAAUAUAGAAAAUGAAAAUUAUUCAAAUAAAGGAAACAAUUCCAUAAAUAAUUAUUCUUCUACUAAUAUGAAUACUAUAAACAAUAAUGGAAAUUUUGAAAAUAAAAAUGAAAAUUUAAAAGAAAGUUCGUUUUCGAAUUCUAAUAUAAAUAAAGACAUAGAGUUAUGCACUUAUGGAAUAAAAAGAGAAAAUACUUUUUCUAUUUCUGGUAUGAAUUUUCAAAGUAAUAGUAAUGAAGUGAGUAAUUAUAUGAAUUCAAAUAAUAAUAAUAUAUCAAAUCAGUUAAACGGAACAGAUAAUCAAAUUUUGAGAAUAAAAAGUGAAGAAAUAUUGAAUAAUGGAGAAAUUGAGAUUACCAAAUUAAAUAUUGAAAAAAAGAAACCAGGAAGAAGAAGGGUAAGAGAGAAAAAGACAAAGGAUCAAAAUGAUGGUAACUUAAUACAUGAUAACCAAGUUGGUAGUAAUCAGGUUGAUGUCGCAAUAGAUGGGGGAUCAAACGAGCCAAAAAAUGGAACAAUUAGAAAAAGGAGGACUCGUAAAAAUAAAAAUAACAAUAAUAUUAUUUCAAACGGAUUUGGUAUUGAUUCAGUAGAAAAUAAUGGUUUAAAUUUCGAAAUCAAUAAUGAAAUAAAUUUGCAAGCAAAUAAUAAUAACAAUGAAGUAAUUUUAAAUGCUGAAUAUAAUAAUAAUACAUUAAACAAUUGUAUACAUGUUAAGCAUGAAUUAACAAAUGAUCAUUUAAAUGAAAAUAAUUUAAUUACCAAUCCAAUGCUCAUAUAUAACGGUAGUAAUAUAAAUGGUCCAGAAUUAGAUCAGGGUCUAUCAAAUAAUAUUAAUAUGGAUAAUAUUGUACCAUAUGAGAAUAAUAUAAUGAUAAAUGGUGAUGUAAAUAAUAAUUUUAUUAAUGAAAAUAUGCCAACAAAAAGGAAAAAGAAUGUAACUAGGCUUAAUUCGACUAAUCAAAGAACGAGCAAUACACCAAAAAGACUCAUAAAAAGAGAACCCAAUAAAUCUUCAAACAAAAAUUCAAAUACGAAUGUUAAUAUAGAACAUGAAAAUACUAUAAUGUGUACAGAAUAUCUUAUUAAAACUGAUGGAAUAAAAAUAGAAAAUUUUACAAAUGAAGAUGAAUUAAGAAAUCAAAAUAGUAAUAUUGUAAAGGCCGAAAUAAAAACGAAAAAACAAAAAAAAAAUCUAAACGUAAAUAUAUUGGUGAAAAAAGAGAAAUCCAAAAAGUUGGUAGAAAAAAAAGUGAAAGUAAAAAUAUGUUUAGAGGAUUAUUAUAAACAUAGUAAAGAAAUAUACAAUAAUAUAGACACAUUAGCAAAAAUUGAUGAUUCUAAUAUUCCUUCUAUUGAAGAUGGAAAUUUUAGUGGCAAUUUAACGGAUCUUUUAACAAAAAAAGAAAAUUUAAUAUGCUCGAAUUGUUUAUAUGCUUAUAAAAUACAAAUAGCGCCAAAGAAAAAUGAAAAAUAUAAUGAAAACAAUAUCCCAAGUAAAUUGAAUAAAGUAUCAUUCGAUGAUUGUAGUGAAGAAAAAGAUGAUAUAAUAAUACCAAUGGAUGAAAAUAUUAACAAAAUGGGAAUUAAUACGAAUGGUUAUACGAAUGAUUAUACUAAUGAUUACCCACAUAUUGAUUAUUCUGUUAAUAAAAAUGAUAAAAUCGGAAAUGACGAUAAUAAUGAUGAAACAUGUAAUAAAACCGUGAAUGAAUACCCAAAACAUGGAAAUUAUCUUGACAUUAAUACUUUUAAUGAAAUAAUAGAUAAAAAUAUGGCACAAGAAAAUGAGUAUAAGAUAACUUUUUAUUGUUUAUGUGGUUACAAUAAAUAUAUAUAUCACAAUGAUGAAUGGAAACAAGUAAUAAAUUGUUAUUAUGAUGAAAAAAAUGAACUCAAACCCAAAGCUCCUCAUAUAUUUUGUACGAAAUGUAAAGAAUUGUUAGUAACUAAUAGAUUUCUUGAUAAAGAUAAAACAAAAAUUAUAAUGGUUUGUGAUUGUGGUAGUCGAAAUUAUGAUAGAGCAGAUUCAUUUUGGUCGAGGCGAGGUAAUAUUAAGCAAAGAAAAGCACCUCAAAUUUUAUGUGAAGAAUGCAAUUCCAAAAUGUGGGUACAUACAUGGCUAGAUGAUAUAGGAUCAAAAGUAAAAUUAUUAUGUAAAUGUGGUUUUAAAAACUUUUUAAAAAAAAAUAAUAAUUGGGUUAGAAGUCCAAGAUGGAAAAAACCUGUACCAUUAAUAAUAUGUAAUUCUUGCCAACAAAAAAUGUACAUGAGCCAAUGGUUAAGUAAUGAUGGUACAAAAGUUAAAAUGAAAUGCGAAUGUGGAUGGAAAACAUUAAUAAAAGAAGGAGAUACAUGGGUUCGUAGUGAAUGGUCCAAAAAAUUGUUAUGCCUUAAAUUAGUUAAAAACCCUGAUUUAUUACAAAAAAAAUAUCAUGCUCAUUUGAAAAAGAAAAAUAAGCCAUAUGAUGGUAAUGAGCUUUUAUAUUUUGAUGAAAACAAUAAUUCAAAGGAGUGUAAUAAUAAUGAUGAAAUAAAUCCUUCUUUAGCUUGUGAUCCAAUGAUGAAAAAUAACCAGGAUAUUUUUGUAACUGAUAUAGACAAUUGUACAAAUGCUAACAAUAAUAAUGAUAAUAAUAAUAAUAGUUCUAUGAUAGAUAAUCAUACAUUAAGUUAUAGCCACAAUGAUAUUGUUAAUAUAAGAGCUUCGGGGUCAAUAAUAGGUUCUGAAAUUAAUAAUAGCAACAACAUAUUUCAACAAAAUGGGCAAUUUUUGAAUAAUGGAAUCAUAAAUCAUAGCAUUGAUAUUAUAAAUAAUGAUUCAGGCUUUCAAGUCGAAAUUGAAGAAAACCACAAACAAAAUAAUAUGACUAUAAAUAAUUCAUAUGAUAACAUUAUUCUAGAAAAUAAUAAAAAUAACAAUAGUAGUAACCAUAUUAAUAAAGAUACAAAUGCCGGAUAUAAUAGCAUUCAAAAUCCUGUAAAUAACUAUUUAAAUUGCAAAACUAACUACAGUAAUAAUAACAAUAGUGAUGUCGUAUUUUUAGAGCAAAACCAGGAUUAUUAUUUGAGCAAUAAUAAAGAUGAAGCUAAUAUAGCAUUAAGUGAAUACAAUACUGGUGCAAACAACAAAAAAAAAAAUAUGGCAUUACAUGAAAAUUAUAAAACAAAUGAACCAAAAAAGAAAAAUAAUAAAAGAAAAGCAAAUAAUAAUAACGACAAUAAUAAAUAUUGGGAAAAUGAAAAUGUUGAUAUGAUUAUAUCAAAUGAUAAUAAUACUAAAAAAAACCAAGGAACUUUAUUGUAUAAACAAAAUUGUAAGAAGAAAAAAAAUACGGGACUAAAAGGAAAAGUUAAUAAUCCAGAAAACAUUUUAGUAGGUCCUUCAGUUCCUUUAGAUUCAGUUGGCUCGACUAUAGUAUCUAAUCCAGUAGGAAGAGAAUGCUCAUUAAUAUAUGAUGAAAAUGCAUCAAAUGUACAAAGAUUUAAAUCUCAACAAUCGAGCAAUAAUGAUAUAUUAAAUAGAAACAUAUCUACUAAUGAUAAUAUAAAUAAUCGACAAGAUAUGUUGGAACAAAGUAAUGAUAAUUCUUAUGGCUUUUAUAAUAUAGAAAGACCAAUUGAUGAAAAUAAUUUGAAUAAUAAUUUUAAUAAAAUAUAUUGUGAUAAUACUAAUGUUAAUACUAUUAAUAAUAAUAGCACAAAUGAUAGUAAUGAUAAUCAUCGAAAUAAUGGGGAGGGUAAUAAUAACAACUCUAAUACUAGUGGAAAUAAUAAUGAUACUAAUGAUAAUAAUAGUAAUGGUAGUACUUGUUAUUAUGUUAACAAUUAUUAUGAUCAUCAAAAUUAUGAAAAAUCUUAUUUUAACCAUCCAUAUGUUAUUUCACAUUUUAAUGAAAAUACAUUUAAUAACAAUAAUGAAAUAAAUUCCAAUAGUACACAUGAUGCAUAUAAUAAUAUAUUAAACACUACAUUUAAUCGUACAAAUAAUAAUUUUGAUAUGAAUUAUAAUACAAAUUUACCCCCACACCAUAUUGAUGAUAAAAAAUAUCUUGGUAUAGAAUCUAAUGAAGAUUUAAUAUCAACAGAAUUAGAUUAUGAUAAAAAAAAAUAUUUGUUAGAGCAAAUAGAAAAAUUAAAUUUUAAUAUAAGUGAAAAUGAUAUAAGUAAUUUUCUCGAAAAUAGUUUAAUUGAGAAUCUUAAUGGUCAAACAAAUGACGAUAAAAAUAAAAAGGAAAAAAUGAAAAAAAAAAUGGAUUCAAAUGAUAUAAAUGUAAAUUAUCAAAAUGAAGUAGUCCAAACAAAUAUGAAUAAAAAUGAAUUAUAUAAUGAAAAUGGUGACAUAAUGGAAUAUGCAAAAAAUAUUACAAAUAUUUUCGCCAAUGAUAAGGAUAAAAAUGAUACUAAUGUUACUAACAAAAACGAUAACACUACUAAUAAUAACAAGAAAAAAAAUAAAGGUCGAAAUUCUAAGAAAAGAGAAAAUACCUCAAAAAAUGAAAAUAAAGGAAAUGUUGAAAAUGAUAAGACUUCAAGUAGCAGCAUCGUAAAUGAAAAUAUAUUGGUCAAUAGUGAACAGUGCACAGAUGGAAAUGAUUAUUUAAAAAAAAAUGAAGUAGAUCAUAAUAAGAAUGAUUUUAAAGAUUAUUUUCAAUUUGCUUCUAGUCAUAAUGAAAACCCUCAAUAUAUAGAAAGUGAAUAUUGUAAUGAAUCUACUAAUCUAUACAAUAGCAUUUUAAAUUUGCAAGCAAUCACCGAAAAAUUGAAAAAUGAAAACUCUACCAGUUUUAAAUCACAUAUGUCUGAUGUUGCUCAAGAAAAAAAUAAUAUGGAUGAAUUAUUUUGUGCUUAUAAUUUUAAUUCUGAUAGUGAGGAAAAACAAUGUACUCAUGAAGUGAAAUAUAAAAUAAAUGAUUUUUUAACUAUAUGUACAAAUUGUCAUGAAUAUAUAAAUAAUAAUAUGGAUUGCAAUAAAAUUAUAUCUAGUAAUGUAUUACCUGACUCUUCCGACAAUUCCAUUUGUAAAAUGAAUAUCCAUGAAAAUGAUUCAGAAUAUAAAAAUAUGAAUAAUUAUGAUCAUAUAAUUAAAAAUAAAAAAAAUAUGAACAGUUACCAUGAUGAACAUAUUUAUAAUUCACUGAAAAUGGACAAUAACUAUUCUAUUAAUUUUUUAGAUCAUCAAAAUAUAUGUGAUACUAAUUAUUUAGGAAAUAAUAAUUGUAAAAAUGGCAAUAGAAAUACCACUAUUAGCAAUAAUAAUACGAAAAAUUGUAUUAAUAAUGACAGUGAAAAUGCAAGCCAAUGUUAUAAUACUUCUCCAAAUGAUGCCACAACACCAACUAAUGGAAAAGGCAGUAAUGAUCAUAUCCAUAUUAUUGAAAAUGUAGAAGAAUUUAACCAUUUAUAUAAUCAAUAUUGUGAAUACUAUUUAAAUAAUAAUACGAUAGAUGAUAACCAAAUUAAAACCAACUAUAUAACUAAUCUUUUUUUUCAAUAUCAAAAUGAUUAUGCUCAAAAUAUUGAUAAAUGUAUAAACAAUCAAAUGUCUCCAUUAGAAAGUGAUAAAUUAUAUUUUACUGAGGAAAAUAAAUACAUAAGUGAUUCAACAAAAUAUAUGAGCGGGGAAAUAAAUUCAAACGAAAAAAUAGCAUAUGAUGAAAAAAAUUCUAAUAACAAUAAUAGUGAUGAUAAUUACCAAGAUAAUUACGAAAAUUAUAUUGAAACAGAAUGUAAUACUAAUGUGUGCUAUAAUAUUAUACAUACAUAG